AGACCUGGAUGAGUCCGCGGAACUCGAUGCGUCACUUCGGGGUUUCUCCGUGUUCAUGUUACAGUCAGUCGUGAUAGCAGUGCUGUUUAAAACCCUAUAUCUACCAUGGGUCACGGGGGACUUCCUGGACGUGCACUUUUCCUAAUUUUGACUUUGUAUCAACAGGAGUAUUCAGUCGGUGGAGAUAAUGGUAAAGAUUUGUACUUGGAACAAAUACCCCGGACCUGGGAGGAUGCAUCAGCAAACUGUACGCUGGUGAGGUUCAACCGAUUUCCGUCCUAUGAUGUUUCCAAACUUCCAACCAUCAAAUAUCCACCCUUGGAACAGGCGAGGACAGGGCUCAAUCAAGCAGAUCUCUUGUGGGUGGGCGCUACAGCAACAUUUACAUCAUGGUUUGAACUGCUAGGUUGUUUUGUUUAUCAUUACACACAAACAACACGCUUGUCACGUUUAAACAACCGAACAACAAUCGGUCAUGUUGCUGAAUGUUACCAGUCCUGUCCACUUGACGAGUUUGGGAUAAACAAAACCCACUGUAUUUGUCACGAGAAUCUGGAGUCCUACUAUGGAAGGUUAAACAACAAUAGUUGUACACUGGAAGGUUCAACGGAUUUCAAAUAUGACAUCUACGGAACACCGUAUAAAGACAACUAUCAGACACAUUAUGGAUUUGCUGUUUAUAGAAAAGUGAAUCUUUCUGACAAAUCAUUAGAGGAUAACUUCGAUGAAUGCAUCAGAAAACUAGAAAACGGAAGUCAAACAUAUCCUUGUGAUUCCACUGACAGCAGUAAGAAGUCAUGGAGGGACAGCGCUAUCCAGGGAAACAUUCACUCCACAGAAAAGUUUCCGGCAUGGAGUCCCUAUCUACGUCGAAUUUUGUACCACUGGACAAAUGAGAAAAGUUCUCCACAGGAGGGGUCGGUUUGUGUCAGCGUUAAGAAUUUGAAGGGAAGUUAUGAAGCUGUACUGAGGCCAUGUAGUGAGACACUCCCAUCCCUGUGUGAUAAAACUGACGAUUCAACUGACAUCUCCCGACAAAGUUCUACAUCUGGAAUGCCAAACUCUACCCUUGUUGUCCAUCAAACGGAAAGAGACGGUGAGACGUUACCCCUAGUUGUGGGGAGUGUUAUAGGUGCAGCAUGUUCGCUUAUCGUUGCCACUGUCGUCAUCGUCAUCAUCAUCAAGAAAAGACGUCCAAAAGAAAGAGAAAAUCCCGUCUCUGUCCCAACAGAGAACGUAUACUACAGUGAGAUGACGGAAGAGAGGGGUGCCUCAUCCCCCGCUGUUAAUAGUAUCGACUACGACACCAUGCUGUCUGUCAGGGAAGAGAAGAAAAACGAAAAUUCUGAAGAAUAUGGAAGACUUCUACCUAGUGGUGAGAGUGACGUGUACGAUCACACAUGGGAUAAACCAAUCACGGAGCAGUUAACAGAUCACGUGUACAGCACUACUUGUUCUGGAAAUGACGCAAAUGUGUAUGAUCACACAGAAACUAGCAAGACAAAAUUAACUUCAGAGAGAGAAGGAGAGUAUGGCUUGCAGUCUCCAACCACGUGAUUCGUGUAAAUUGUUUGAUGCUUAUUUUGAAAGUAUCGUAUAGGCCUUUCACAUGCAAAAUACCACCUAGUCUAUUACUAGUGUAAUUGACACAUAAUGUAGUUUGCCACUUUUAUCGUUUAGUCCGACACAGUUCAGUGAUGUUGUGAUCAAAGAAUGAGAACUUGAUACUGAGUAUAUAUCUGAAUUUAGAAAGUUUGGAAACAAGCAGAUACUAGUAUUGGAUUCUAUUUUUGAUGAUACAGAAACAUGGCGACUUAUUCGACAAACCACCAGAGUUGCAGCUUUACGAAAGACGUUAAAGCUGACAUGCAUUCUUAAAUUUAUACGUUACAUUUUAUCUCGUUAGCCAUAUUUCAUUUUUCUGAUAGCGUGAUUUACUUUGCACAUACAUACCCUAAAUCAGAAUUAUUUUGCAGCUUAGAACAACUCAGUUUCUGUGAUGGAGCGACAGCGUGUUUUCUGCAAGAGUGCAAAUGGAGUUGAUCAUUUCAUUUUUAGGAUAUUUUUAGGAAUAUAUGAAAUGACAUUUGUUAGUGUCCCCAAGUAAACAUUUAAUCGUAUUCUAUGUGUUUACCUGGCGAUAAUCUCAUUUGUAUUACCCAUGUUUAUGCGUAAAACAUACAUGAUACAAAUUU